GCAGAAAGGUCGGGAACAGAGACAGGCAGAGACCCGUUGGGACGGAGACAUGGAGGCGAUUCAUCCUGGCUUCACGUCCUUCUGCUGGCUUCUUCUGAUUCUGCUUCCAACGUCCGACGCACAAAUCUGCUCUGCAAAGUCACAGGUGGAAUUCACAGAAAACAACGUAGUGGGAGCUCCGGUCUUGGAGAUCACCAUCGAAGAAAACGUGAUCCUCGGGUUCAAAGCUCCUGUAAGCCCAGACAACCCGUUCAGCUUGGAAGGAACCCGUCUGAUAGCUAACAGGAAGCUGGACUAUGAGACCGAAAGAACUUAUGCAGUCAAUAUCAUCUGCACUAAGACGACCACCGGCGAGGAGUUCCCUCUCACCAUCAUUGUACUUUUGGUCAAUUUGAAUGAUAACCUUCCGUUGUUUGACCAGGACUCGUACAGCGUGAGCGUCAAUGAGUUGUCUCCUGUAGGCACAACUGUGGGCCGCUUCGCUGCUACCGACUUGGAUGGACAACAACUCUCCUACUCGCUGACGCCUGAAUCUAAGGGCUUCAAGCUUAAGUCACAGACCAACCCAGAUCUCCUGGUUGAGAUGCCUCUUAACUACGAGAAAGACCCAACUGUCCAUCUGGUAUUAACCGCUGUGGAGGCGCCGCUGGGCGGUGUUUCACACAGUGCUACAACCACCAUCAACCUCUCCAUCUUAGACGGGGACAACAGGCCGCCGUGGUUCCAGCCCUGCAGCAAAUACGAGGUCGGGGGGGCAGUUGUCUGCCAGAACAACGGCUACAGCGGCAGAGUUGUCAUGAACGAACGAGAGCCCGGAGCGCUGCCUCUGGAUCCCGGGCCGCUGUACGCCAUCGACGGAGACGCGGGGAUCGGAGACGAGGUGGCCUACUCCAUCUUAAGCGGAGACAACGGCAAUCUGUUCGAGAUCAACCCCGACUCGGGGAACAUCACCAUGAAGAAGGCGGCCGACCAGCUGGGGACGAUCGGACUGACGGUUCUGGCUGUUCAAAAGACAAACAGCUACCAGUUUGCCACCACCUCCGUCACAAUCAGCGUGCAGGUGAAGAGCCUCCACCAGCCCGAGUUUCAGAGGUUGCAGUACGAAGGCGUCGUCUCCGGGGUGGGCGUCAUGGCGACGGAGCUCAACACCAAGGACGAGCCGCUGCGGAUCCUCGCCACGGACGACGACUACUCCGGGGGCAUAAAUCCCUACAUCUCCUACUUUGUUACCGGGAGCAGUGAUUUUGCCAUCGUCGGCGGCUAUUUGUUCCUGACAAAGGCCCACGCGGACGGCCCAUUGUCUCUGCAGCUGAGGGCCGUGGACACCACCAACAAUGAAGAAGCUUCGGCGUCGCUGUUUGUGGAGGUGAUUUCAGGUCUAACCACCACCAGUUUGCCUCCGAACACCACAAACACAACGUCCUCCACCGUCAGCAUGACCUCAGAGGAAGUGUUCACCUCCGACCCAACGGCCUCCACCUCCAUCAGCCUCUCAACCGCCUCCACCAGCCUCUCAACCGCCUCCACCAGCCUCUCAACGGCCACCACCACUAAUCCAAGUAUGACCGCUGUUGCCCCGGGCGCCCCGGGCGCCUUUGGGGUGGUGGACAUGGCGGCGCUCGGGGCCACGCUGGCCGUCCUGCUGCUCGUCUGCCUGGCGGCCAUCGUGGCGCUCGUGUUUCGCAUCCGGAAGGCGGACGCGAACGGGAAGAAGGUCUUCGAAGCCAGCGUCUUCCAGAGCUCGCUGGGUAAAGGCGGUCCGAAGGGGGGCAUCCAGUUCACCAACGAGGCCUUCCAACACGAUGAAGAUGGAGAUAACCUGGGCUCCGGGAGCCCGGCGGCGACACACUUCGAAGAGUCGGAUGACCUUCCAGUGAAGUCUUCAGUGCCGCUGCGUUCUGUCCCGCACGGUGGUGGUGAUGAUGAUGAUGAUGAUGGCAGCCAGGCGGGCUCGGACAGCGGCGACAGCGUGGGGAAGGAUGUGAAACCCAUCCUGACCAAGGAGAGGCGCGUGGACGACGGGUACAAGUCCGUCUGGUUCAAGGAGGACAUCGACCCCGACGCCAAGGACGAGGUGGUCAUCAUCCCGGACAGCGAGGAGGAGGAGGAGGAGGACGAGGACCAGAAGCCGCCGUCCGGUAGCAGAGAGGAAGAUGAAGACGAAGGCCCGCGGGUGAGAACCCGGAGGGUCGGCUUUAACGACACCGAUCUGGACAGCGGACUCGGGGUGAAGAUGGAUGAUCCAGAAGAUGACUCAGAGGGUGACGAAGACAUUAACAAUUAUCUGUGAAAACACCCACAAUAAAACGUAACGAUUUAUAAGCAACGGGGUGACGAUCCGCCUUAUCAGUAAAUGACAUUGAAUCAUUCAUGUCAUAGAGUCCUUUAAAUACAUUUCACAGCAUUAUUUAUGUAAAUACUUGUGUCAUAAUUACUGUGGACGGACCUGAUUAAAGAUAUUACGGGAAGUCCGACCAACGCUUCUGUGGCCCCCCUAGUGGCCAUUGCUUGCAGUUACAGUAGAGUGGAAGAUUUUAGGAAUUCUAUUGAUUUUAAUUUGUUUAAAUGACAGAUGGACUUAAAAAUGACUAAUUAACUUUUCAUAAGGCUUUAAAGCACAUUUUUGAUCCUUUUCUAAGUUAAUGAAAACGUUAUUUUGCAGAAGAGUUUCCAGACGUACUGGUAAUUAUGGUUGAUAAUUCACCAGUUAUGGUGAUUGUUGUUCAGCACUGACAGACGCACACUAUCGUGUCACAGGCCCUAUAAAACCCUCCCUGCUGAUAACGAAGGUGGUAAAACAUUAUGAUCGAAGCAAACUCUGAACUUCUAUAGAUAUGCUCAGAGCAGAGAUCCAACACGUCAGUGUUAACUAAUUUAAAUUCAUGUAAAUAAAAUGUGUGAUUGUUGGCUCAAACCAUUAAACCCUUGAACUGAAAAAUG